UUCUAAAUCCGGGUCAAGGGUGUUCGCCCAUCUCUCGGCUACCCGGCUGCUCUUCUUGGCAGUCUCCCGGACUGGCACUCCAAACUUAGCUGAGCACCGGAUAUUACUCACGACCUGCUGGAGCCUGGACGCCCACACCUGCCCCGAGACGAGGAGGUACGCCUCCUCACCUUCCGACUUGAACCUUCCAGCCUUGCGAACUCACUGCCUCCAGGUGACCCCACCCGGCCCUCCCCACUAAAUGUUGACAGGUACCGCGGGGCCAAGGAGGCGGCUCCUUAGACCGGCAAAAGGUAGUACUAGUUCGUAGGCGCCCCUUGCCUUCCAGCUCGUGCCUGGGACUGGAUGGACAUUCCUACCCGAUAAAUGUGGCUAGUGAGGCGGCAGUGGCGGUGGCCAGUCCCGCUGUUUCGUUUCAAGUUCCCCUCCGUCCGGAGGCUCUCCUGUCGGUCCUCCAGGCUGUCACCACCUUCUCCUUACCCCCUGGCCCUCGCCUUGCCGCGUAGCCACAAUGGACAAGAUCCUGGAGGGGCUGGUGAGUUCUUCGCACCCGCUGCCCCUAAAGCGCGUGAUUAUUCGGAAGGUGGUGGAGUCGGCGGAACACGGGCUAGAUGAGGCACAGUGCGAGGCCAUGUUUGAUCUGACCACCCGGCUCAUCUUGGAAGGCGAGGAUCCUUUCCAGCGGCAGGUGGGGCACCAAGUGUUGGAGGCUUACGCACGCUAUCACCGACCAGAGUUCGAGUCCUUCUUCAACAAGACCUUUGUACUGGGCCUUCUUCAGCAGGGUUACCACUCUCUGGACAGGAAGGACGUAGCCAUCCUGGACUACAUUCACAAUGGCCUGAAGCUGAUCAUAAGCUGCCCGUCGGUGCUGGAUCUCUUCAGCUUGCUGCAGGUAGAGGUAUUACGGAUGGUAUGCGAGAGGCCAGAGCCGCAGCUGUGUGCCCGCCUGAGUGACCUCCUGACCGAUUUUGUGCAGUGUAUUCCCAAGGGGAAAUUGUCGAUCACCUUCUGCCAGCAGUUGGUUCGGACCAUCGGCCACUUCCAGUGUGUGUCCACUCACGAGAAAGAGCUGCGGGAAUAUGUCUCCCAGGUGACAAAAGUGAGUAACUUGCUGCAGAACAUCUGGAAGGCUGAGCCUGCAACAUUGUUGCCUUCUCUGCAAGAAGUUUUUGCAAGCAUCUCCUCCACAGAUGCAUCAUAUGAACCUUCUGUAACAUUGGCAAGCCUUGUACAGCAUAUUCCUCUGCAGAUGAUUACAGUUCUCAUCAGGAGCCUUACUACAGAUCCAAAUGUCAAAGAUGCAAGUAUGACCCAAGCUCUUUGCAGAAUGAUCGACUGGCUGUCCUGGCCUUUGGCUCAACAUGUUGAUACUUGGGUGAUUGCACUACUAAAAGGACUGGCAGCUGUCCAGAAAUUUACCAUUUUAAUAGAUGUUACUUUACUGAAAAUAGAACUGGUUUUUAAUCGACUUUGGUUUCCUCUUGUGAGACCUGGUGCUCUUGCAGUUCUUUCUCACAUGCUGCUUAGUUUUCAGCAUUCUCCAGAGGCUUUCCAUAUGAUUGUUCCUCAUAUAGUAAGUUUGGUUCAUUCUUUCAAAAAUGAUGGGCUGCCUUCUAGUACAACCUUUUUAAUGCAGUUAACAGAGUUGAUCCAUUGUAUGAUGUAUCAUUAUUCUGGAUUUCCAGAUCUCUACGAACCUAUUCUGGAGGCAAUAAAGGAUUUUCCUAAACCCAGUGAAGAGAAGAUUAAGUUGAUUCUCAGUCAGAGUGCCUGGACUUCUCAAUCCAAUUCUUUGGCAUCUUGCUUGUCUAGACCUUCUGGAAAAUCUGAAACUGGGAAAACUGGUCUGAUUAACCUAGGAAAUACGUGUUACAUGAACAGUGUUCUACAAGCAUUGUUUAUGGCCACAGAUUUCAGGAGACAAGUAUUAUCUUUAAAUCUAAAUGGGUGCAAUUCAUUAAUGAAGAAGUUACAGCAUCUUUUUGCCUUUCUGGCUCAUACACAAAGAGAAGCAUAUGCACCUCGAAUAUUCUUUGAAGCUUCCAGACCUCCAUGGUUUACUCCUCGAUCACAGCAAGACUGUUCUGAAUACCUCAGGUUUCUACUGGACAGGCUUCAUGAAGAAGAGAAGCUCUUGAAAGCUCAGUGUUUGCACAAGCCUUCUGAAAGUCUGGGGUGUGGUGAAACUUCCUUACAAGAAGUAGCCAGUAAGACGACUUGCACAAGUGAUGAAGAGAAGACUUUAAUAGAAAAAAUGUUUGGGGGAAAGCUACAAACUCACAUAUGCUGUUUGAACUGCAGGAGUACCUCACAAAAAGUGGAAGCCUUCACAGAUCUCUCACUUGCCUUUUGUCCUUCCUCUUCUGUGGAAAACUUGUCUUUUCAAGAUCCAGUAUUGUUGCCUAAUGCACAAGAUGAAACUUUAAUGCAAGCCAGUGCAUCUGGUCCUUCUGAAGACUCAGUAGAUUAUAAUCCAGCAAUAACUGCCUUUGUCCAUGACUCAGUUGAGAAUGAAAGAUCAGUAGGUGUUCUUCCUGAUGAGCUUCGCUGUACUGAAAACACUUCUGUCCCUAAUGAGUCUAGCAAGAUUCUUAGUAAUAAAAAUGUAUCUCAGAAGCCAGGAGGUGAAACUACACCUUCAGUAACUGACUUAGUAAAUUAUUUUUUAGCUCCAGAGAUUCUUACUGAUGAUAACCAAUAUUAUUGUGAAAAAUGUGCUUCCCUACAGAAUGCUGAGAAAACUAUGCAAAUCACAGAAGAACCUGAGUAUCUUAUUCUUACUCUUUUAAGAUUUUCAUAUGAUCAGAAGUAUCAUGUGAGAAGAAAAAUUUUGGACAGUGUGUCCCUACCACUGAUUUUGGAGUUGCCAGUUAAAAGAACUUGCUCUUCAUUGUCAGAAAGUUGGUCUAUUGAUGUUGAUUUCACUGAUAUUAGUGAGAACCUAGCUAAAAAAUUAAAAUCUUCUGGGACUGAAGAAACUUGCUGUCCAAAGUUGGUACCCUAUCUACUCAAUUCUGUGGUGGUCCACUCUGGUAUCUCCUCUGAAAGUGGGCAUUACUAUUCUUAUGCAAGAAACAUCACAGGCACAGAGUCUGUAUACCACCUCUGUCACCACCAAUCUGAAACUCUGGUGUUAGCGUCUUCCCACAGUCACUUACUGGGGAAAGACAGCCCCACUGCAGUUACUGAACAGGAUUUGGAAGAAAAGGAAAUUUCAAAAGAGUGGUUUUUAUUUAAUGAUAGCAGAGUGACGUUUACCUCAUUUCAGUCUGUCCAGAAAAUUACGAGUAGAUUUCCAAAGGACACAGCUUAUGUGCUUUUCUAUAAAAAGCAGACCAGCACUAAUGGCUUAAGUGGUAAUAACACAACCAGUGGACUUGUGGUAAAUGGAGACCCACCUCUACAGAAAGAACUUAUGGAUGCUAUAACAAAAGAUAAUAAGCUAUAUUUACAGGAACAAGAGUUGAAUGCUCGAGCCCGGGCUCUACAGGCUGCAUCUGCCUCUUGUUCAUUUCGACCCAAUGGAUUUGAUGACAAUGACCCUCCUGGAAGCUGUGGACCAACUGGCGGAGGAGGUGGAGGAGGAUUCAAUACAGUUGGCAGACUCGUGUUUUAAUCCCAAGACAGUCCAAAAUGCACUGAUCACAAACCAUCCAGUACUAUGACUGUUAAAAUGUCAGACUAUAACAUAUAUCUAUCUUUUAUUUUUCUUUUUAUUAGACCCUUACACUUUAAGAAAACACACUCAGUGCUUGUUUUUCUUUUCUUGACAAUACAUGUAUUAACAAAAUGCAUCAUGGGAAAGAAAAAUCUACCUCUUGAAAUUCCAUUUGCUUUUAUGGUUAGACAUGCUUGACCAAAAACUUUCAGAAGCAAAUAUGUAUGUGGUCCCUAAUUAAGCUGCAUUAUAUUGAAUAGAGGUAUUUUAAGUGGUUCUAUCCUCAGUUUUGCUGAAUGAAAUAUAAGAAUCAUUUAGCAUCCUUAAAAAAGAACUGAUGUUAG